ACUAAUCAGGCCAUCUGCACAUUCUUCUCCUUCUUCCUAACAAAACUAACCUAGCACAGCUGCACCUACUUCUCCUUUUUUUUCCCAAUACUACGAUACCGCCAUUAAAAGUGCGGCAUCGGUAUCGCUGAUUUUAAUUGGCCCACGUGGCUGCCUAUGUGGCUUAAUUGACUUUCAAAAUACACAACCCAAACCCGUUUCCCAUCAACCGGCUCAACCAGCUCUAUUGUUUUUCUAAUUUUCCUUUUCACAUCGUAAAACAAUACGUUAGUUACGUUUCACAUAAAGAAACAAGAGAGAAAACCUAUUGUAUUCCUCACUGUUCCUCUUCGUCGGACUGCUUUGCUGCCACCAAAUCCAAUCGACGCUAAGCCAAUGGUAAAAUAAAUGUUCCUCCCUCUCUGCUGUCCCCCUCUCUCCGGCAUCCAUUUUUGAAACAUCGAAACCCAAAUUGAAAGAUCAAUGAUUGGAAUUGCAGAGUGGCUUUUGCUUUCAGGUAAUUCCACCCUCCCUCUACGCUAGUCGUUCCCGUUUGUCUUACCUUGGCUUCAGAUUUCCAUCACCGAGCCUUUUGUAACCAGCGAGCCAAUGCCUCAUGGGCUUUAGUGUGACCAAACAAAACACCAUUAAUGAAGGAGAAGAAUCAAACAGAUUCAAUGGUGGAGAGACAGGGGCGACUGGUGAAGAGGGACAGAGACAAUCGACAGAAAGGAAUUAACUUAUUUAUUUCCACGAAUGACGAACUACAAAAAUAAAUAUGUUGGUUGGCUUGGGAUUAUGUGGAUCGCGUGGUGGUGGAGCAGUCGACGGAGACGAAGCGUCGGCUGCCGAAACAAGAGAUUCGUUCCUGCAAGUAAUUUUGUUUACAUAAUAAAUCAAGGAGGAAGGCGGUAAGAUUGUAGUGGAUGCGAAUCAAAAAGCUUCUAUAAGAGAUCGAUUUGGCGGCGAAGGAGUUCGCCGGAACUCUUUGUUGAUUUUCAAUUCGGUGGAGAGGGAGGUGAGGAAGAUGUUGUUUGUUCACGCACGGUAAAAAAAAUGUAUUUAUGAGAAAAACAAAAUAAAAAACUGUAAUUAAUUCCUCAAAUCGGUGGUUGGCCCGGUUCACUAGCGAUGGAUUUUGGGCUGGUUUUGAAAAAAAUUACUAGUGCCACAUCAGCUAGACAAUACCCAUGUGGCCUAAUAAAAAUCAGCGGCACCGUAAAAUUGGCCUUUUUUUUACAAGUUGAUUCAUUAAGUAGCAAAUGGGCCAAUCCCAUAAGAAAAUAUUAAAAGAGACAUUACAGCAAAAGAAAGGAAAAAUCAUAAUCAAAGCCCAACUCCCAUACAACCGGUCGCAUACCCAAUAAGGCCCAGAACCGGGAGCCCAACCAAGCAAUCCAAUCUCCAAACCCUAGAUGUGAUGCUCCCCCAUGGCACCCACCGCCAUCGUAUCACCAAACAACAUCACCUCCACCAGACGCCAACCAUGAUGGAAAAUGAGGCGCUGGAAAACCCAAAUCCGGACCGAGGGAGGCAGAGACGCCCGCAACCACCUCUGGCCGACCUUCGCCGGACCAAACAACAUCUCCCCAACGAACAGAGCAUCGAAAGAGAACAACGUGUUGAACGGACGAUCGAUGAGGGCGCCAUACGAAUGAUCUUCUAUCUCCAAAAUCCUCAAGCCGAGUCCAGAUCUGUAUGAAUUGAUUUCUUAAUUGAAUGGAAUCUGCUCCUCUAUUGAUCCUGGAACAUGAAGUGAAGACUAGCUAUCUGUAUAUACAUGUGCGUUUGCAAUAAAGAAGAAGAAACAAUCACAUGUUAACUUUGAUGUAAGUUGACAGUAGGGACGAAGAAAUGAAGGCUAUCAUAAAUGACAUGCAUCAGCAUCACAUGAUCCGCAGAUGCGGUGGGAUAUUAAUAUAGAUGGGGCGGAUUCUAUAGUGCCGCCAACCUUUUAGCCGUUGGAUUUCCAGUGUUUAAUGUGGACCUUAGAUAAUAACCACCACUUAACCAGAGCAGGUUGAACCGGGUUGAACCUAAUUAAAUUUAUACUUUAUUCUAAUUAAAUAUAUUUCAUUGGAUGUUCCUGGAAAAAUCCUCCCCUGCCGAACAGUUUCUCAGGAAAACGAAGAGGACAGUCAGCGGCUCUUGAUCGCCGGCGAAAUGGGUAGGUCAACACAAAAAUACACAAUUUAUAUAUAGAUGAGCUUUUUUAUUCGGCAUAUUUCGGUACCCGAAGGCCGAAGCUAGGGAUUAUUACCCAUAUCUAUAAUAAUAGCUAGUGGGGAGACAGAUGGGUUGUUGGGCAGCUCUUAAUUACUAAUUAAAUAGCAAAGUGAUAUUUAUAUAAAUAUAUAGAAGUAUGGUUGAUGAUCAUGUGCAUAUAUAUUAUUUGUUUCUAAAAAACAGCACAUUAUUUUGACAAUCUAAUUCGUUUUAAAAUGAUUAUAAGCAGUGUGAUUCUAAAAAAAAAAUAUUAUAAUUUAUAACAUUUCAAUCUAAUUAUGAACAAGAAGAUAGACGAAGGAACCUGUACAUGAAUUAUGUAAAACUUACAUCUAGUGUUACCAUUUAUGAAGUUGGCUAGAUAUACCAUUAUUCUGACAAAUUUAUUUUGAAAUAUGUUACUAUCAACUAAUUGAAUAGUGCAUAAAUAUUUAUAUAUGAAUUUUACAAUACUUUGUAUUAAUAUUUUCACAAACAAGGGCAUGGUCUAAUGGUAAUACCACAUGGCCUUAAUCAUUUAUGUAGUACAUUAAAUCACAGAAAUGUUA